ACAAAUUUUUUCUUAAUAAAUUAUCUUAUUAAUAAUAACUGUUAUCUUAUUAAUAAAUUAACUGUUUGUUUUCAUUAGGAGCACCUCUUAGCUGCCAAUGAAAUGUUAAUGAAUUCUAAAAUGUACUUUCCUUUUAGUUGAUGGGAGGCUGAGGUUGUAGGUAUGUUUAUUGAGAUAUGCUUCUAAAACUGCUAGUCCAAGAGAGAUUUUAUCUUUGCUGUCUAAAGGGUUUGUGAGUCUUCAGAACAGUGUGUAUUUGUGGAUUAAAUGAUGGAAGCUUUAAAGUAUCAUCACAAUUAGAAAAGUUCUUAUGAAAAUGAGAGGAUAAAUACAUAAAAAAACCUUGACUCAGAAUUCUCCUGCCUGUCAAUAGAGUGCAUAGCCCACAAGAGAUGAGGGAGAGCGGUAUGUAUGUCCACAUUGUGAUGGCCAGUUCAUCAGUCUAACUUACGUGUUCAAUCUUUUGGACUGUUAUGCUUCAGCCUUGAUUAAAGACACAAUAGGAAGGAAAAGAGAACCUUUCAGAAAAGCAUUGUCUCUUAUGAAUAAUAUAAAUCUCUGUUCUUCUAAGUCCCGAAUGAAAAUGUUUCUGUGAAUAUCCCUUUAUUCAUGGACUCCUUUUUUUUUGUGUUCAGAGAUGACACUCAAGACCAAAGUUGUAUAUUUUUUCCUUCAGAUAAAAUGGGAUUGAAGUGCUCAUUUUUUCUACUUUCCUUUAGAUUUCCUUCCUUGCAGUUAAAAAUCAGACCAUGGUUCCAGUACAUAUUGAAAAGAGGUGGGAAACCGUAUUAUGUGGGAAUCGGAAUCCAAGAGUUUCUGAGUCAAUCUGACUGGAUGAAAAGAAAGAUCUUUUUUCUUCUGUGUGACUCCAUGUUUACAUCAUCACCAGGAGAGAUGCACUGGACAACGGAAUCAUCUGGCAUAGAGAAAAGCAGCUGAAAAAUUGUUCCUUCAAAUGCCUUCAGUGCAUGCUUCAUCCCAUUUGCUCUGCUGAUACCACUGUUAAAUGAAGGGAUGGUGACUCAACCACUUCCCUGGGCUGCCUGUUUCAAUACUUGACAACCCCUUCCAUGAAGAAAGAUUUCCUAAUAUCCAAUUGGAAUAUUCAUCCUAAACAGUGGACAAUGAAGUCAGCGUAAACCUGCCCUCCUGUACUACAUAUGGUUCACGCCCUACUCUCCUGCCCUCUGUGAUGGAAGGAAGUCCACUGUGCCACCUCACUAGCAAAAGGUCUCUUCCUAAGCUGUUUAUAAUGGUGUUCUUGAGAACAUAGCCUGGGACAUAUAACAGGAUGCUCAGACUGCUAUUUUUUUUCAUUUUUUUUACAGAGAACAUUACAGAAAUCCGAACAUGUAUAGCACCUGAGAAAGGGGACUGUGGAAUGGGAACAAAAUGCUUCAGGCAAGAAUGCUAAUAACAGGAAAACACAAUCACUCCUGUCUUUGCUGCAACAGUUCCUUUUCGGAGUUGAAACCUGUGAUCUGAAAUGUUGCAGUGGUGGGAAGCUUCAGCUGUGGCUAAUGAACCACAGGAACUGAGCCCUGACCAGUUGAAGUGCUUGCAUAAUGCCAAAUACUGCCAGAAAGGGAAUCCGAAACGCCAAAUUAGUGAAUACUUUCAGUCUUAAGGUGUCUGUACCUCUGUUCUUUUUCCUCACAAAGGUAGUAACACCUUCAUGUCCCCUGAAAUGGCCACUGGAUAAUUAAAGACAUUGGUAGUCUUAUUAUGCUGAAGAAGAGGGGCAAAACAAAAUGCUGAAAGGCUGUUAAAUGUGUACGAUCUCUCCCAUGCGCUGAAAGAGAGUAAAGGUUCUGGGUGCUCAUGGAUCUAGGAUCAAAGUAUAUGAUUACAGAACCAUGGAAUUAAGGACUGUGUUUCAACGCUCAUCAGCAGGAAAGAACAAAUACUAUUCCCACAUUUUCUGAUCUGUGAGUACUUAGCUUAGUCUUAGCAUCUUUUUUAUGUGUGUAAUUGGCCAUGUGCUACAGCCUUAUUACUUUUAUUAAAAUUGUCCUAGAGAGGGAUUAUGGGUCUUCACCCUUGGCCAUUCCCUUGUAAAGAAUGAGUACUAAAUUACCAUAAGCGGCGUAUAAGAUCAAGAAAGGACAUCAGCCACUCAUAACCUCACCUACUUGUGCCAGUUUCCCCCCUACUUCAGGGGACACAUGUACAAGAAAAUACCUAAUCCAUGUUUAGUAACAUCUUUAAAUAAUGUCAUGGCUAAAAUGGAUAUCACUGACAUUGUAUGUGUAGAAAAACAGCACCACUAGCCCAGUGUUGUGUCCUUGCCUCAGCAAGGAGUAGCAUUGAAAGUAAUAUUCAUGCUGUUAAAUCUUCCUUUGGAAAAUUAUUUUAGGAGUAAUGCAUGUUGCUUCUUCAAGUUCCUUUGAUUUUGGAAAAUUUGAUUUAUACAUAGAAAAUUUCACAUAGAUAAUUCAGAUAUCAGUACGUUUGUACUUUGUAUUACAGACUCUUAGCCCAGGAAAAUUCGGAGACUUACAGAUUUUGUUGUAUCUGAGAAAACAUAAAAAGCAGAAAGCUCAGAAUUUUUGUGAAACAGUAUAUUUGAAUAAAUUUCAUUUUUAAAAUAAUCUUUUCGCUUUUAAUAUUGUACAUGUCAGUGUUGUACAUAUCAACAUUGAACUAAUAUAGUGUAUUUCUAAAAGCAUUUUGGGUUCAGUCAGGAUUUUCUACAGAAAAUCUGUCCAGUGCAAAUUUCCUAACCAACUCCAUCAAAAAAUGUGUACAACAAAAUGUUGUCUGCAAAAACACACUCCAGAAAGUUAGUUUUGUUGUGCUGCUUCUCUGGCUAACUCCAAUGAUAACAAUGUGAACCUUUGUCCUAGACAUACUGAAGAAAUAAAAAUGCUUGGAGUGCUGUUAUAUAGAACAUCAGCUCUAUCUAAAAGCAUUGGUGAUGCAACACUAAAAUUAAAAAGGCACAAUGUGACAUUAUGGGAACAGUGCUCCCCACAGGUGCUGGCAGGCCAACCUCCUCCCCUCGGCUGCCUUUCCAACAAUCCCAACCGCCUGCAAACACCUUGGCGGGAUAACAGCAUGGUUCCACUAGAAAACCGUGAAAGCAAGAGGAAGUCUGCUGAACAAUGGCAAGGGUGUUUUACUUCCAGCCCCUGGGACAACUCAGGAUUAAAUGGAUUUUCAUUGUUCUUUCCCUCCUGCAAUUUGGACACAACAUUGGUAAGAGAGCUCAGUAAAUAUGAAGACAUUGAUGAAGAUGAGCUCCUCGCUUCUCUCACUGAAGAGGAGCUGAAGGAGCUGGAGCGGGAGCUAGAGGACAUAGAGCCCGACCGUAACCUUCCAGUGGGGCAACGGCAAAAAAGCCUGACGGAGAAAACACCGACAGGGACUUUCAGCAGGGAAGCGCUGAUGGCCUACUGGGAGAGGGAGACCAAGAAACUCUUAGAAAAAGAGAGGUUGGGUGCAUGCGACAAGGAUUCUGAGCAAGAAGAAGACAAUUCAGAAGAGCUGCAAGAAGAAUGUUUCACAGAAAGCAAUAGUGAAGUCUCUGAGGAGGCAUAUACUGAAGAGGAUGAUGAAGAAGAAGAUGAUGAGAAGGAAGAUGAAGAUGAAAGUGAUGAUGAGAAUGAGCAAGAGCAAAAUGCUGCAGGUGGUGAAAGACCUGAGAAUGGCAGGAGUUCUGACCACAUCAGACGCAAAAAGUGUAAUGGCGUAAAAGACAAUGAAAACUUACUCAAUGGCCAUGAUGGAAAAGACAGCAAUAGUCAGAGCUUAAAAAGCAGUGCCAUUCACCCUUGUGGAAAUCCAACAGUUAUUGAGGAUGCUUUGGAAAAAGUUAGGAGCAAUGACCCUGACACCACAGAGGUCAAUCUGAACAAUAUUGAAAACAUCACUUCACAGAUGCUUAUACAAUUUUCUCAAGCCCUGAGGGACAACACAGUGGUUAAGUCAUUCAGCUUGGCUAACACCCAUGCUGAUGACAACGUGGCAAUAGCUAUUGCUGGUAUGUUAAAGGUAAAUCAGCAUAUAACUAGUUUGAAUAUCGAAUCAAAUUUUAUCACAGGCAAAGGCGUGCUGGCCAUCAUGAGAGCUUUGCAGAAUAACAAAGUUCUAACAGAACUGCGGUUCCACAAUCAAAGGCACAUCAUGGGCAGCCAGGUGGAAAUGGACAUAGUUAAACUGUUGAAAGAGAACACCACUCUGGUCAAGCUGGGGUACCACUUUGAUCUUGCUGGCCCAAGAAUGAGCAUGACAAGUAUCCUGACAAGAAAUAUGGAUAAACAAAGGCAAAAGCGUAUGCAGGAGCAGAGGCAACAAGAGUCAGGUUGUGAUGGAGCCAUCAAUCCAAAGACCAAAGUGUUGCAGAAGGGAACACCUCGAUCCUCACCUUAUGUGUCACCCAAGAGCUCACCAUGGUCUUCUCCAAAGCUCCCUAAGAAAGCACCUCCAGUGAAAAGUCAGCCUCCAGCUCCAGCUCCCGCACCUCCCCCUCCCCCACCACCCCCACCUCCACCUCCACCUCCCCCAGUUAUUCCAGAGAAGAAGGCACCAACCAGGAAUAUAGCUGAAGUCAUCAAACAGCAAGAAAGUGCAAAAAAAGACUUACAUAAUGGACAGAAAAAGAAAAAAGGCAAAAAAAGCAGAAAGCAUGAGAACAACAUAUUGAAAGAAAUUAAAGAUUCUCUAAAAUCGGUCUCAGACAGAAAAUCAGAGGAAGGUUCACAACCCUCCACCCGUCCAUCCACCCCACAAAGGUCUCUCCAUGACAACCUUAUGGAAGCGAUCCGGGCAAGCAGCAUAAAGCAAUUAAGGCGGGUGGAGGUACCAGAAGCCCUUCGGUGAAAGCCUGGAUGACAGAAGAAGCAGAACCCUGCAGUGACUGAGGGGAGGCUUCUUGUCCUUUCAUUGGCGGUAACAUAGACUGUCUAGCAAGCUGCUUCCAAAGUACACUCUUAGAUUCAAGCCAUUUCCCUUUUAUUUCAAAGAAAUAAAACCGCUAAAUACAAAAUAAUGCUUUAAGGAUCCAUUUGCCUUGUAAUCUGUAAAUAUGGAAAUAAUUUUCUUUUUUAUUUAAUGAGAUUUCUAUUGAGAAAUUGCUUCUUAUUUAGAUAUUCUUGUCAAUAUCUUGCACAUCACUUGGCAAGUUCUUCACACUGAGAUGUAAUAGUUUAACAGCCUGUGGUUUCUUCUGGUUUUUCCAUGAAUUUACAAUAAAUGUGGUUUGAAGCUUUCAAGCA